CUUUCCCUUCUCUUCACAUUUCAAAACUCCCCAUUUUCCCAUUUCUAAAUUAGUUUUAGUGACAGAUAGAACAAAUAUGGCUGCUAAAGGUUCAAUUUUUGUCGUGUUUUUUGUGGUGAUUUUGAGCGUCGCUAAUGGUAGAAUUCCGGGUGUUUUUACCGGCGGAUCUUGGGAAAAUGCUCAUGCUACUUUUUACGGUGGAAGUGAUGCUUCUGGAACAAUGGGAGGAGCUUGUGGUUAUGGAAAUUUAUACAGCCAAGGCUAUGGAGUUAACACUGCAGCAUUAAGCACUGCACUAUUCAACAAUGGGCUAAGUUGUGGUGCCUGUUUUGAAAUCAAAUGUGCUAAUGAUCCACAAUGGUGUCAUUCCGGUAGCCCGUCGAUUCUUAUUACGGCAACAAAUUUUUGCCCGCCGAAUUAUGCUCAACCGAGCGACAAUGGCGGUUGGUGUAAUCCUCCUCGGCCUCAUUUCGAUCUCGCCAUGCCAAUGUUCCUCAAGAUUGCGGAGUACCGGUCCGGCAUUGUUCCGGUCUCUUACCGCAGAGUGCCGUGUAGAAAGCAAGGAGGAAUCAGGUUCACAAUCAACGGUUUCCGUUACUUCAACUUGGUUUUAAUCACCAACGUCGCAGGUGCAGGAGAUAUUGUGAAGGCUAGUGUAAAAGGCACAAAGACUGGUUGGAUGUCCAUGAGCCGUAAUUGGGGUCAAAAUUGGCAGUCAAAUGCUGUUUUGAUUGGUCAGUCACUUUCUUUUAGGGUCACAGGCAGUGAUAGACGCACCUCCACUUCUUGGAAUAUGGUUCCUUCAAAUUGGCAAUUUGGCCAAACCUUCACCGGAAAGAAUUUCAGGGUCUAAAAAAAUUAGUGUAAAGGGUCAAUUCGAUCCUUGAAUUUAUAACUCAUGGUCAAAUAAUUCUUCUCAACUAUAUUGACUAAUUAAGAAUAAUACUUUCUAUUUUUAGAUCAAUUAUGGAAAAUACUUUCUAUUUUCAGAUCAAUUAAGGACAAAUUUGUGUGUUAUCCUACUUGAUCUAAAAAUAGAAAUUAUUAUUUUUAUUGGUCAAAAAGACUGAAAGUGAAUUAUAUUUAAUCAUGAGUCAUAAAUUUAGAAACCGGAUCGAUCCUUUUCUCAAAAAUUAUUUAUAUUUUUCCUUUAUUCUAAUUUUUACCAUUAAAUUGGGAUAAAAAGUGUGUUUGGGUAGGUGACUUUUUUACUUACUUUUUAAACUUUUGUUAAAGGUGAUGAGGUGGUGAGUGUGUUUUUUACUUUUUGAUAGGGUAAAAGGUGAAAAACAAAUGAAAUGUAAGGAAAGGAGAUGAAGAGGCUAAAAAAAAUGUAGCCCGCAUCUUUGUAUUUACUAUAAAGUUUUAUAUAUAUAAAUAUAGAUAUUAUAUUUUGAUUA